AAGCCCAUGGGGUGGGUAUUUUAGUAAUUUAAGGAACUAAACUAGGGUUUCCGAGGCUCAUAUAUCAAACAUAAACAAUCUCUUCCUCCUCCUCCUAGUCGCAGAUCAUCGUCGCGUUCCUUGAGAACUUUGAACAGGUAAGACAUGGCCAAGUCGAAGAACCACACCGCGCAUAACCAGUCUUACAAGGCACACAAAAACGGCAUCAAGAAGCCCAAACGUCAUCGCCGCACCUCCACCAAAGGGAUGGAUCCCAAGUUUUUGAGGAAUCAGAGGUAUGCAAGGAAGCACAACAACAGCAACAACGCCGAUGCCGCCAGUGAAGAGUAGAUUUGGGCUUCUGCAUUUGAACCCUACCUAACCCCUCUCCGGAAGUUACAGCAAUGCAAGAUUCAAAUUUUUUGUUUUGUCUUUUUUGGGGAGUGAGCGGUUGGUUUCUUAUCUUUUAGUUAAUAUGCUAUUUUAGGAUUUUGGAUUGGAUUAUAAUUACUGUUAUUCCGGUGACUCUUGAUCUAUAUUAUUGCCUAGUAUGAGACCUUUCGAUCUUUGUUGAA